CCGGGAACCGCGCCAUGGAAACGCGCCCGGCGAUCUGCGGGCUCCGCGGAGGGGCGGGCGGGGGCGCGGGGCGGGGGGAGCCGGAGCCCGCGAGAGGCCGUGAGAGGCGCAGACACGCGCGGAGACCCCGAAUCCGCGGCCACGCGCGGCCCGGAGGGAGGAGGAGGACGCGGCCCCGAGACCCCGAGACCCCGAGACCCCGAGACCCCGAGACCCCGCGGCGGAGGGAGGGAGGCGGGGACGCGCCGGACAAAGAGCCCCCGCCCCUCGCGCGGCGUCUGGGCUGCGGCGGCCCCGGGGGUCCCGGACCGUCCCCUCCCCCCUCGCGCUCCCGGCCCCGCCCCCGCUUUGUGCUGCGCGCCGGCCGCGCCAGCCACGGCCUGUGGCGCCCGCGGCACCAUGAUCCCGACCAAGGAGAAGAAUAAGAGCCCGAAGGACAGCAUGACGCUCCUGCCCUGUUUCUACUUCGUGGAGCUGCCCAUAGUGGCGUCCUCCAUAGUAUCCCUCUACUUCCUGGAGCUGACCGACCUCUUCAAGCCGGCCAAGGUGGGCUUCCAGUGUUACGACCGCACCCUCUCCAUGCCCUACGUGGAGACCAACGAGGAGCUCAUCCCGCUGCUGAUGCUGCUCAGUUUGGCCUUCGCGGCCCCCGCAGCCUCGAUCAUGGUGGCCGAGGGCAUGCUGUACUGUCUGCAGUCCCGGCUGUGGGGCCACGCAGGGGGACCGGCCGGGACCGAGGGCAGCAUCAACGCCGGCGGCUGCAACUUUAACUCCUUCCUGCGCCGCACUGUGCGCUUUGUGGGGGUCCACGUGUUCGGCCUGUGUGCCACAGCCUUGGUGACAGACGUGAUCCAGCUGGCCACGGGCUACCACACUCCCUUCUUCCUGACCGUCUGCAAGCCCAACUACACUCUCCUGGGGACGUCCUGCGAGGUCAACCCCUACAUCACGCAGGACAUCUGCUCCGGCCACGACACCCACGCCAUCCUGUCUGCACGGAAGACCUUCCCGUCCCAGCACGCCACGCUGUCGGCCUUCGCCGCGGUCUACGUGUCGAUGUACUUCAACUCCGUCAUCUCCGACACCACCAAGCUGCUGAAGCCCAUCCUGGUGUUCGCCUUUGCCAUUGCCGCAGGCGUGUGCGGCCUCACGCAGAUCACGCAGUACCGCAGCCACCCGGUGGACGUGUACGCCGGCUUCCUCAUCGGGGCGGGCAUCGCUGCCUACCUGGCCUGCCAUGCGGUGGGCAACUUCCAGGCCCCACCCACAGAGAAGCCGGCGGCCCCGGCCCCCGCCAAGGACGCGCUGCGGGCCCUGACGCAGCGUGGCCACGACUCGGUUUACCAGCAGAACAAGUCCGUGAGCACCGACGAGCUGGGGCCCCCGGGGCGGCUGGACGGCCCGCCCCGGCCCGUGGUCCGCGAGAAGACCUCGCUGGGCAGCCUGAAGCGCGCCAGCGUGGACGUGGACCUGCUGGCGCCGCGCAGCCCCAUGGCCAAGGAGAACAUGGUGACCUUCAGCCACACGCUGCCCAGGGCCAGCGCGCCCUCGCUGGACGACCCCGCGCGCCGCCACAUGACCAUCCACGUCCCGCUGGAUGCCUCGCGCUCCAAGCAGCUCAUCAGCGAGUGGAAGCAGAAGACCCUGGAGGGCCGCGGCCUGGGGCUGCCCGACGACGCCAGCCCCGGGCACCUGCGCGCGCCCGCCGAGCCCAUGGCAGAGGAGGAGGAAGAGGAGGAGGAGGAGGAGGAAGAGGAGGAGGAGGAGGAGGAGGAGGAGGGCCCGGCCCCGCCCUCGCUCUACCCCACCGUGCAGGCGCGGCCGGGGCUGGGGCCUCGGGUCAUCCUCCCGCCGCGCGCGGGGCCGCAGCCGCUGGUGCACAUCCCCGAGGAGGGCGCGCAGGCGGGGCCCGGCCUGUCCCCCAAGAGCGGCGCCGGGGUGCGCGCCAAGUGGCUCAUGAUGGCCGAGAAGGGCGGGGCGGCCGCGGCGUCGGCCCCGACGCAGCCCCGCGUGGCCAACCCCCCGCGGCUGCUGCAGGUCAUCGCCAUGUCCAAGGCCCCGGGCGCGCCGAGCCCCAAGGCGGCCCCCGAGACGGCGUCGUCGUCCAGCGCCAGCUCCGACUCCUCGCAGUACCGGUCCCCGUCCGACCGCGACUCCGCCAGCAUCGUCACCAUCGACGCGCACGCGCCGCACCACCCCGUGGUGCACCUGUCGGCGGGCGGCGCGCCCUGGGAGUGGAAGGCGGCCAAGGCGGAGGCCGACGGCGGCUACGAGCUGGGGGACCUGGCGCGCGGCUUCCGCGGCGGGCCCAAGGCCCCGGGCGUGUCCCCCGGCUCGUCGGUCAGCGACGUGGACCAGGAGGAGCCGCGGUUCGGGGCCGUGGCCACCGUCAACCUGGCCACGGGCGAGGGGCUGCCCCCGCUGGGCGCGGCCGAUGGGGCGCUGGGCGCGGGCAGCCGGGAGUCCACGCUGCGGCGCCACGCGGGCGGCCUGGGGCUGGCGGAGCGCGAGGCGGAGGCGGAGGCCGAGGGCUACUUCCGCAAGAUGCAGGCGCGCCGCUUCCCCGACUAGCGCGGCCGGGGCCGGGGCCGGGGGACGGGGAGGGGGCCGGGGGCGCGGGCGGCAGCACCGACGAUCAAUAAAGCAGAGAAACCGA